CUGCUGAAUCGUAGCUAUAAUUUAUUUAUAUUCAAACUUAUAUAGUGUCACCAGAUUCUUUGUGUGCCACCAAUGAGGAAUGCUUCUUAGUACACUUGGCAAAUCUGAAACCCGCCCAGUCGGUUGUGAGAAUUCGGUCCAUUCAUUGAGAAGAGAGCAUGAGAGAGUAGCCACAACAACUUCACACAACCUUAGACAAUUGCAGCGCUGCUGGUUCCUGCAGUACUGAUAAUUACCGCGUGAAAUUUCGCAGUUGUUCUCGCGGGAGAAAACCAGCCGCCGGGGCAGAGUCGCAGUACUGGUGCGCAAGCGCAAUUUUGCCAACGCCCCAUUCUUCCUACGCACGCGCUGGUGACGUCAGAAGUCAAGGGAAGGCCGCCUACAAGGGCAAGUCUGCAUUUCCUCCCCCUUCCCUGGCCCAUUCUCAGUUUCACUUCCGGUCCCUUAUUUCCGGUUCCUUCCCUGCCCCCCUUUUUUCCUUCCGACAGAAAAAUCGGUGGUGCGUCAGUUAGAAUCUUCAGUUCCCGCCGGGGUUGGCCUCCCCUGAGGCCGGGAAGUUCUCUGGCCACGCGGUCCGAGGGCGGCCCCCCUUACUUGCACCAUGGGAUAAUUGACUUGGCACUAAUGUGACAAUACUUACAUAAAACUCACUUUGUAAAAGUUUUCCUCAAAUUGCAUUGCCGGGGAACAGGCAGUUGUGAUGCUGGAUAGGAAGUGCCAUGGCCCGAAAUGCAGAAAAGGCCAUGACGGCCUUAGCAAGAUUUCGCCAAGCUCAAUUGGAAGAGGGAAAAGUGAAGGAACGAAGACCCUUCCUUGCCUCAGAAUGUACUGAGUUGCCGAAAGCUGAGAAGUGGAGACGACAGAUCAUUGGAGAGAUCUCUAAAAAAGUGGCUCAAAUUCAGAAUGCUGGUUUAGGUGAAUUCCGAAUUCGUGACCUGAAUGAUGAAAUUAACAAAUUGCUAAGAGAGAAAGGACACUGGGAGGUCCGGAUAAAGGAGCUGGGUGGUCCUGAUUAUGUAAAAGUUGGCCCUAAAAUGCUGGAUCAUGAAGGCAAAGAAGUCCCGGGAAAUCGAGGUUACAAAUACUUUGGAGCAGCAAAAGAUUUGCCUGGUGUUAGAGAGCUAUUUGAAAAAGAACCUCUUCCUCCUCCAAGAAAGACACGUGCUGAGCUCAUGAAGGCAAUUGAUUUUGAAUACUACGGCUACCUAGAUGAAGAUGAUGGUGUUAUUGUGCCUUUGGAACAGGAAUAUGAAAAGAAAUUCAGAGCCCAGUUAGUGGAAAAGUGGAAAGCAGAGAGAGAGGCUCGGCUGGCAAGAGGAGAAAAGGAAGAGGAGGAGGAAGAGGAGGAAGAAAUCAACAUCUAUGCUGUCACGGAGGAGGAGUCUGAUGAGGAAGGCAGCCAGGAGAAAGGAGGCGAAGAUGAGCAGCAGAAGUUCAUCGCCCAUGUCCCUGUGCCGUCGCAGCAAGAGAUCGAGGAGGCACUUGUGCGAAGGAAGAAGAUGGAACUCCUCCAGAAGUAUGCAAGUGAGACCCUGCAGGCCCAGAGCGAAGAGGCCAAAAGACUCAUGGGAUAUUAGGGCUGAGUGAGGGUGCUCCCUGGGUCUGGAAACCUGUUGGAAGUUCUUCAGCCCCAGCUGGCCCUUGCAUUAACCUACAGGGUUCUGCUGUCCUGGGACUACAGACUGGCAGGCUAGUGCGGCAAGGCUCCCUGCUACUUCUUACCAUUCGUUCUUUUACCUUUUCUUACCUCAGCUAUGGUCUCAGGGGAGGAGUCUGUCCCAUCCCUCCCUUGCAGGCUGCCUACAUGCUAUCAGUUUAGCUGUCACCUUUGUACAAAUGUUUUGCUACUGUAUGAACCCACUUAUUUUUAUAUUGAAUGGGUAAAACAGGCUGCUAACUGGCUGCCUAUAAGUGUUUUAUUUAUCCUUUAAUGCCAUUUGGUGGGGAGGGUGAUCAAUUAGUGACCACCAUUUAAAAAAAUGAAGUUUUUCCUAACAAGACAUUAUUUGUAACUCCUCUUGAAAAAAGGAAAUGUGUCAACCCUGAGCCCACAUCCCAUGUGUCAGUAGCCAGCCAGAGCUGUACCUUUUGGGCCUGGCAUAGUUUUCUGUGGCCUGCUCAGCUUGCCUCAUUCCCUCCUGCCCAGGUGGCAGGAAAUUGAAUUUGCUAUUUCUGUUUUAUGACUGGUUCUGUAGAGAGCUAUUUUUUAAAAAUUAAAAUUUAUUUUUUUAAAUUAAAUUUAUUGGGGUGACAUUGGUUAAUAGAAUCAUAUAGGUUUCAGGUAUAGAUGUCUAUGAUACAAGAUCUAUAUGUUGCAUUGUGUACCCACAAAUCAAAGUCAAUCUUCCAUCACCAUAUAUUAGGCCACUUGAGAGCUAUUUUUAUUAAAGAUUUUUAUAUGAAGGGGAAACCUCCAUGCCUGCA